UUGCUCAAGGGGCACUAAUCUCCCUCUCAGGGGCCGGCAGUAACCAGUCUGCUCUGAAAUGCCGUCUCCUUGGGGCUCCCCCAGCCAGCGUACGUACCAAGGGAGCCGAUGGCUCUAGCUGGAGGCUUCUGGGAUGAAGCUCGGAGCCGGAAGACAGCAUUGCCUGUAACAGCGCCGCUGCCCCCUUUGUGUCUUGCAGGCGGGUAGCAUGAUGUCUGAGAACACGUCAGUGAGCCCUGCAGGGGGCAUCACCCCCCUGCAGCAGAUGCUGGCAUCUGGGACCGGGGCCCUCUUCACAUCUCUCUUCGUGACUCCCCUGGAUGUGGUGAAGAUCCGGCUGCAGGCCCAGAGGACGCCCUUCUCUAAAGGGAAAUGCUUCGUGUACUGCAACGGGCUCAUGGACCACUUGUACGUAUGCCAGAACGGGAGCAGCUGCACCGCCUGGUACAAGUCCCCCACCCGUUUCACCGGCACCCUGGAUGCCUUCGUGAAGAUCACACGUUACGAGGGCAUUCGGUCUCUGUGGAGCGGCCUGCCACCCACCUUGGUGAUGGCGGUGCCUGCCACGGUGAUCUAUUUCACCAGCUACGACCAGCUGCGGGAUUAUCUGCGCUGCCGGAUGGGCAGCCAAGGGGCCCAAGUCCCCCUGGUGGCUGGUGCCCUCGCCAGGCUGGGCGCGGUGACGGUGAUCAGCCCCUUGGAACUCAUCCGGACUAAGAUGCAGUCCCGGCCGCUGAGCUACCGCGAGCUGCGUGUCUGCAUCCAGUCCUCGGUGGCCCAGGACGGCUGGCUGUCCCUCUGGAGGGGCUGGGGGCCCACCGUGCUGCGGGACGUUCCCUUCUCAGCUCUCUACUGGUUUAACUACGAGCUAGUGAAGGAAUGGCUCUGCCGUCAGUCCCGGCUUGACGAAGCCACUUUCAUGGUCAGCUUCACAGCGGGGGCCGUCUCGGGGACGGUGGCCGCUGUGCUGACGCUGCCCUUCGACGUGGUGAAGACCCAGCGACAGAUUGAGCUGGGGGACAGGGAGACGCUCCGAGUGGCUGCCUCCAAGUCCUCAUCCACCUGGCUGCUGUUGAGGAGGAUCCGAGCUGAGUCUGGCACCCGUGGGCUCUUCGCAGGCUUCCUGCCCCGCGUCAUCAAGGUGGCCCCGGCCUGCGCCAUCAUGAUCAGCACCUACGAGUUCGGCAAGACCUUCUUCCAGAAGCUGAACCAGGAGCGACGGCUCAGCAGCCUGUGAGCGCCAGGGCGGGCAGAGCCCCCGCAGCGCAGCCUCCAAACUAACCACCCUGUGGGCCAGGGCCAGGCGGAGGAGCCAGCCCCUGGCUGGUGGGGGAGUUCCCCAGAGAUAGCAAGCGGGAGGUGACUGCAGAGAUCAGUGCUGGGAUUCAGCUGCCAAAGCCAGGGCCUUUCAUUUCAUCCAGCCUCCUUUCCUGGGGGCGACAGCGGCGGUUCUGCCUCCCUACCUCUCAGCUCCUGCUGAGAUCCACUGGGAACAGACCUCCCUGCUAGCAACAGCUUCUUCCCCGACAUGCCCUGGGCUGGGAUAUGCAGCGUCCAAGUGCCUUCUAGUCUCGCUCUCUCCUUGUGUUUCCUGCAUCCACCUCAGCGGGUUUCCCGGCUGCCUCCCCGGGGGCGAGCUAGAGAGGCUGUCAGAGCAGCGUGGGCAUCACGGUGCUUCCCAGCUGAGAACGGUCAGGCCUGUUUGCCUUUGACAACAUCUCACCUCCACCCUCCCUUCCCCACUGACACGUUCAUGGUUUGGAGGCUGCCUGCGUCUGCCGGGGGCUGCUCUCCAGCCUGUGAACAGCCCCCCCAGCGGUGGGUGCCCUGCUCCUGGCAUCUGAUUGCGCUGGCCCCUUGAGGGGGGCAGAAAUAAGCUGUAGUGGGAGCGACGGAGUUGUCCUCUGGCGAACGCAGAGGGCCCCCUCCCUGCCCAGCCUGGUGGGGAGCAGGACAACCCCUGGCAUUCCAAGUGAGGGGAUCCCCUGCCAAGGACCAAGAGCCUUUCUCUUCCAAAGACUUAGAGCGACUGGGGCACGAAGGGCAACAGCCCCUCCUGCUUGGAGUCUCUCCACAUCUGUUCCUGCUGCUGGCUGGGUUUAGGUCCUAACCCACCUCAUGCCCUCUCCACACACCCCAUUCCCUUAGGCCUCCUCCCUGCGGGGCAGCGAUACAAAGGAUAGUUGUACCCUGGACUCUAGGCCAGUCUCCCCGCUAGGUAGCACCAUGGCUUCUUCCACUCAGGACUUCCCCAUUCCUAUCUGCCCCCCAGGUGGCCCAUGCUCCGACAAGACACCUUGCUGCUGGUAAUGGACACCACCCGCUGGGCCCCUCCAGGGCUCCCCUUCCUCCCUGCUGCUGACAAAGGUGUGAAAUCUCCAGGGCAGAGAUUCCAUGCCAAAGCGCCCCCAUCCUCUUAGGGUCAGUAGCCGGACAAGUAGCCAUCCUCCUUCCUGUGGGUAACGCACGUGCCUGUGGCUGGUUGUAGGAGUGGGGAUUCGUGCCGACUUCCUUCAAUAAAAGACAUUUUAUGUGAAA